UUAUCCACCAGCCUCCGCGACGACUGGCCGCGAGCUCCUCUCCUCUCUCCCGCAGCUCCUCCCGCAACACCGUCGCUCACUGGCACUGCUCCUCCUCUCCGCCACCGUCGCUCACGCGGUCUCCUAUCCCCGCUCGGCCGCUCCGGUCCCCGGAGACACGCGAGCUUCCCGAUCCCGGGAACACGCGCUAAAGAUGCCUCCCGCCUUCGCCGCCGCACCUUCCUCCUCCAUAUGUGGAGUUCGCAUCCCAACGGCGGUUUCCGCGCCCAGAUUUCUGCGUAAUCGGGUGGCAGCAAAAACACGGUCUACAUCAGCUUGGUCCUUGAAGGCUGGCUUGUGGGAUUCUCUCAGAUCUGGCUUUUUGAAGAGCAACAACAGUACAGAGACAGUAGAGCCACCACAAGCACCACUUGAAGUCGAAGAACCUUUGCCUGUGGAAAUAGUACUCCUAGAAAGAACACUACUUGACGGAAGCACAGAACAGAUUUUAUUUUCUUCAGCUGGAGAUGUUGACCUGUAUGAUCUCCAAGCCUUAUGCGAUAAGGUAGGAUGGCCACGCAGGCCUCUAUCAAAGAUAGCAGCCUCAUUAAGAAACAGCUACUUGGUUGCUACACUACAUUCAAUAAUUAGAUCUUCAGAAACAGAGGGAGAAGAGAAGAAGCAGCUCAUUGGGAUGGCACGAGCAACCUCAGACCAUGCCUUCAAUGCUACAAUUUGGGAUGUUCUUGUUGAUCCUUCAUACCAGGGUCAGGGUCUUGGUAAAGCACUCAUGGAGAAAGUAAUUCGUACUUUGCUCCAGAGAGACAUCAACAACAUUACAUUGUUUGCAGAUAAUAAAGUUAUAGAUUUCUACAAGAACUUGGGAUUUGAAGUUGAUCCUCAAGGCAUCAAGGGCAUGUUCUGGUACCCCAGAUUUUAGCACCAGCAGCCAGAUAGAUCGUUCAAGGGGUUGUACCUGAAGCAUCUCCCGUUCUGAAAGGGUAAUUGCAGGUCAGAUUGACAGGUCAGAGCUCCAUGUCCAGAUGGAUUGCCCUUAACAUUUCAUCCUGGUGACAAGCUAGAAUUUUCUUCAAUGGGCUCAGCUCAGCUCACCUCACCCAACCAUAACUCGAGCAAAACACGCUAUUUGCAAUACCUGGGUUUUAUACAUGCGAUCUGGAUUCUACUACCCAUCUGUAUGUAUUCUUAGCAUUUUAUACACUCGAAAUGAAAAAACUGUAUCCAUCAGUUGUCCAUAUGCACACACCAUCAGUCUGUACUGUCUAUGGGAAAGAAUUUGCCUUCCAUCAAAACAUCCACUUGCUGUUGCUA